AUGGCUACAGCAGAAGAGACCCAUAGCCAUGAUGGCCUACCUCCCCAUCCCCACUCUCACUCCCACGAAUUCAACGCCGCCGAACACGGCCACUCACACGAGAUACUCGACGGCCCCGGCUCCUACACACAGCGAGCGAUGCCGAUAAUAUCCGGGCGAGAUUGGAGCGAGCGAGCCUUCACGGUGGGAAUCGGUGGCCCCGUCGGCUCCGGCAAAACCGCCCUGAUGCUCGCCCUCUGCCUCGCCCUGCGCGACCCCUACAGCAUCGCCGCCGUCACCAACGACAUCUUCACGCGCGAGGACGCCGAGUUCCUCACCCGGCACGCCGCCCUCCCGGCCGCGCGCAUCCAGGCCAUCGAGACCGGCGGCUGCCCCCACGCCGCCGUGCGCGAAGACAUCAGCGCGAACCUGCACGCGCUGCAGUCCCUGCACGGCCGGUUCGCCACGGAUCUGCUGCUGAUUGAGAGCGGGGGCGACAAUCUGGCGGCGAAUUACAGCCGGGAGUUGGCGGAUUUCAUCAUCUAUGUCAUUGACGUGGCGGGGGGGGAUAAGGUGCCGAGGAAGGGGGGGCCGGGGAUCACGGGGAGUGACUUGUUGGUUGUGAACAAGGUUGAUUUGGCGGAGGCGGUGGGGGCGGAUAUGAAGGUUAUGGAGAGGGAUGCUGGGAGGAUGAGGGAUGGGGGCCCGACGAUUUUUGCGGUUGUGAAACAUGGGAAGGGAGUGAAGGAUAUCGUGGGGUUGGUUUUGAGUGCGUGGAAAGGGAGCGGGGCGUAUGAGGUCAGCAUGGAGCGGUGGAAGAGGGAGGGGAAGAAAGGAAGUGGGGAUGUCUGA